AUGCGUCUCACCCUCGCCCUCACGCUCCUGACCGCCACCCUCGGCGUCGCCAACCCCACCCCCGACACGGACGCGACCACCUCCCCCCACGAAGUGUCCAUCCCCAUGGAGGUGCGCGACGUCCUCACCCCCAACGCCGACGCGCCCCUCCACCUCGAGAAGCGGGCCUGCCGAAAGACGGGCUGCAAGUGCGUCAAGGGCCUGCGACAGGGCCAGUACUGCGGGGCGUGCAAGUGGAAGGGCAGCUACGUGAUCACGGCCAAGCGCAACCUCAAGCACGUGUACGAGUGCUCGAGCAACGGCGCGUGCUGCGAUUAUGGCACGGGCAGUGACUGUAACACGGGCAGUGGCCGGUGUGGGCCGUACUAG